AUGUUUCCGGGGCCUACUUGCGAUGCGAUUGUUUUGCUCCUCUCGAGAGUCUGCCCACCGCAGCUGUUUGGUUCUGGUGGUUCGCGGCAAAACCACUGUUUUCGGGGUUAUUGGUCGGAUGUAUGCUGUGCGCAGGUGGUGCCCGUUCUUGCGGACCACUCAAUAGCGUUGGCUCGCGGUGGUUGUGUUUCUCGCCCCACCUGCGCGCUUCGAAUCUCAAACGCUCCCAUUCAUGUAUUCGCCUUCGCUGUGAUGGGGAGCGAAUACUAA